AAGAUUACUCCAGCGCUCUGAAGGAGCUGCAGAGAGAGCGCUCAUCUCUGGGAAUCCAAAAAAAAUAAAAAAUAAAUUAAAUUAAACUAAAUUAAAUAAAUAAACAGCUUCUCUGGGUGUAACGUGCGAGUGGGAGGCUGAGCUCAGAGCAGAGGAGCACAGUGAAGAAGCAGGAGGAAGAGAAGGAGGGUGAGAGAGAGUCAAAGAGAGAGAGAGAGAGAGAGAGAGAGACAGCAGAGCGUGGAACAGGUUCCUUCUGCAGCCCUCGUACGCAGCCUCAGCAGCCAUGCCUAACUUUGCCGGCAACUGGAAGAUGAAGAGCAGUGAGAAUUUUGAUGAACUUCUCAAAGCCCUGGGUGUGAAUGCCAUGUUGAGGAAGGUAGCUGUGGCGGCGGCCUCGACCCCUCAAGUGGAGAUCCGCCAGGACGGCGAGCAGUUCUACAUCAAGACGUCCACCAGCGUGCGCACCACCGAGAUCAACUUCCGUAUCGGCGAAGAGUUCAAAGAGGAGACUGUGGAUGGCCGCAAGGUCAAGAGCCUGGCCACCUGGGAGUCAGAGAACAAGAUUUACUGUCAGCAGACUCUGGUGGACGGAGACGGCCCAAAGACCUACUGGACCAGAGAGCUGAACGGGGACGAACUCACACUGACGUUUGGUGCAGACGACGUGGUGUGUACGAGGAUCUACGUACGGGAGUGAGGCCGCGCAACCUUCACCUGGACAAAGCUCAUGUCAACCUGUCCCGCUUGACUCAGUAACAACUUUCGCCAAGUUUCCUGCAAAACCUAACCUCUCAGCAACAAGCAUAACAGUCUCCACACAUACAAUAGCAACAUGUAUUUUUGCUUGUAGUUAACAUUGUGUCUGCAGUGCAGUAGCUAGCUCUCUCUGUGUCCAUGUCUACAACCCAGGAGAUGAUAAUGUAGGAUUUAGUCAUCGGCUGUGUCAAUCAAGUGUUCAUGUUUGAUGAAAGGAAGCAAUAAAACAUACAUGGAACAAAUGA